UUUCGUGUUAUAACGUUGGGUAGAUAGAUUCUGCCUUCGGGUUUUCCCAUGGUCGUACGUACCACUGUAUGAGUGGCUGUACCUAGCAAUUACGGUUUUGAGUGGUUAGUUUAAAGUGAGCUCACUUUACCGCUCUGUCAAGCGUAGUCUUUUGUAAACAAAAACUUUGGAUCGCUGUGCGUUUACUGUGUUUUUUCGGUUAUCUGAACAUGGAUCCUACAGCACUGCAGCUCGUGAAAGGAUUAAUCCUAAGAAUGUCCACAGAUAAGAUUCCCAAACUGCUGAAUACGUGGGGAGUUUUAUCAGAGAGUCAACUUAAGAAAAUUAGUUUUGAGAAGAGUAAAGAAACAGUUGCUCAACAAAUUUCUAACCUUUGUGAGGAAAGGCGCAUAACCAUUGAAGAUGCAGCACAACUUGAUAUAAUCUUCAGUUUUGUGCACUCUGAGAAGAAGAACUGGGAUGUUUAUCAAAUGACUAAGCAACAAGGUGGUGAAGUAGACAUAUCUGACGUAAAAGAUUUCAAAUGGCAGUUUAAGGAGCACCUACAGAAAUUAUGUAUAAAUAGAGUGAUGGUCACUUUUAGAGAAUGUGGUGAUGCGCUUUGGAUUCGAAUUGCAUGGGGUACACAUUACUCCAAGCCAAACCAGAGGAAAGCAACUUAUGCGGUGUACCAUUCCCAAACUCCCUAUGUAUUUAUUUCCAGUUUACCCAGAAAACACCAGCCAUUCCUUUGCCAGACAUACCAGGCAUACCAUCCAAAAUCAGUACGAGAGAAAAAUGCUGCUCCAGUUGAAGAUCCAAGAAUUGGAAGGGAAAAUGAAGAAGGUAGAGAGAGAGUACGGAAGAUGGUGCUUGAAAGACUUGGUGAAGGACCUCUACCAAAAUUAGAAUUUGCACAAUACAAGCUUGAAACAGCUUUUGUUGAUGAAUCCGGAAGGGGUAUUCUGGCAGACAGAACAGAUGUACCUUUUCAGUGUGUUGUAAAGUUUACCAGCCCAAACCUGUUAGAAGCAAUAAAAUCCACAGUAUUAUUAGAGAUCUCUGAUGUACCUCCUUCAACCCUACUUACUUCCAUAACUCAGAAGUCCAGAAAUUAUUUCCGAGUUACAGGGAGGAAAGGACCACUGCCAUCCACAUCAGGCUUCUAGCCAGGUUAAAUUAUCAAAGGAAAAAGACAUGAACAUGUGCAAUUUCUCCUGUCUGGGACUUUGAGUACAGGAUAUUUUAUAUUAACUGUCUGUGCUGCACUCCUCUCGUCAAAAGUGACAUCAUUUGAUUGUGUUUAAAUGUUUUCAUUUGAUUGUGUUUAAAUGUUUUAUAUAUGUGUAAAACAAUCACUUUGUAUUGUAAAUGUAUAAUAAUGCGUACUAUUGUCAGUGGUUUAUACUUUUAAAACCUUUUGCUUUGUUUCAUGUUUGUUAAAUGUGCAGUUUGAAGUUAUUUAACAUAAGAUUUUUGUAUAGGUUGUUUUGUUUUUCAGAAGCUUCUGCCUUUGUCACUAUUGCUAGAUAUUUUAAAUUCUGAUUAUGAUGUUUGUUUGCUCUACAUUUUUAGCUAAUAUUCCUCUGUCUUGCAUCAAAUUUGUCUUUACUUUGUAUUGCAUUCUACCUUUUUGUGAUAUGCAUCAUUUACCUUCUAGACCACUACAGAACAGCAAAAUGUAGGAUAACAAAUUUUGUAUUUAUUUUGAAAAUAUUUAUUGUAAAACUAUUUACAGUUGAAUUUAUAGGUCUUUGCUUUCUCCACCAGAAGCAAAGUCUUACUGUGUAGAAAUAUGGCUUUCAUGGACAGUGGUAUAAAAGGAAUAUUUUCCAGUAAAAUAUAUUUGGGCUGUGGACCUGAAGCCAGUUGUCAUUCCUUCGGUUGAUGACGACUGAUUUGAAGUAAUGGCCCUUAUGUAGCCAACUUUGAUUCACCCACAUUUACACAAGGAGUCCAAUUUGAGAGAGUAUUCUGUCACACUAGUUUUGGAACAGAUUUUGCUGUAUUUAUUCUUACUGCAGAUUUUUUUUUCUUUCUUUGUGUGUGUACAUACAGUUUGUAGAUUUGAUGUAGGCUUUUUAAGCUUUAGUGUUUUAAAGUUAACAUUGCAUGCUAGUGGGAGGGGGACUGCAGAAUCUUUCUUGGCUCUUGCUAAAUCCAAAGGUGAAGCUUUGAAUGGGGGAGGGCACUUGGGCAACUGAACAUGAUUACUGUUAGCUUUACGUGGAUGUUUUAUUAAACCAAGUUUGACAAAUGAA